AUGGUCAGAAACUUGGUUCUGCACCAAUGUCAAAUGUUAACAAUGCUCGAAUAUCCUUCCUAUCACCAGGAAAACCCCACUGACCCUCAGAUUGUCUCACAAGCACAUGGUGUGCAAGGUGCGCAAGGAACUCCAAAUCAAACUGACUUCUAUCACUCUGGGUUUAUUGGUCAUGGUCAGCAGCGUGAAGAUCAUAAUCAACUUCAUAACCAACUCUCGGCGCAACAACAUGGUGGUCAGCAAAGUCCAGCUCAGAAUGAACAAAACACUUACAUCUUUCAUCCUGACUUAGCUCGACAAGAUCACCACAACACUUACAGCUCGUAUCCUAACUCAGCUCAGCAAGACCAUCACAACAUUUACAACUCUAUGUAUCCUGGCUCUAACUAUGAUAGCUCUAAUUUGACCGCUCAUGCUCAGCAAACUCAAUCUACCCAUUAUCGCUCUAACCUUCAGCAAACUCAAGACUAUUUUCAUAGCUCUGGACAGAGUCAACUACACGACAGAAACUUUGGUGAAAGGUCUCCCAAGAAUAAUCAACAUGUUGCAUCGGUGCGUCUGCUGCAGUCACGUCCUCCCGUCAUCCAGGAAGCAACCUAUCCAAGCGCUCUCGAUAGAAACCGCCAACCCCCACAGGCUUCCACUGGAACUCACCUUCAAAGCCAGCCGCCCACAACAACUCAGAAGCGCAAAAAUGCCCGUCGGGAAGGUCCUGCUGGUGUCCCUCGAAUACCACCCACAAUCGAACCUACUAGGUCUGCUAGCCUCACCACGCCCACAUCAACGCGGACGCAGGGACCUACAACUACAAGGGCCAUUCAUGCUAAGAAUAAGGAUACUGUACCACCGGCCCUGAAAAAUUACUACCUGGCUUUACACGAUGAAUUUGACAAGGCAUUGGCAAUCAAUUGCAUAAAUAAUCAGGUUUCAGUCAAAGCAGUUCGUAAACUAUGGGGCGAAAAGACAGUACGGAGAGGUCCAAACAGCUAUCAACAGUGGUAUAAAAGCGAGGAGGUUAGCGGAAUAUUCAAAGAGACGUCGGGUGUAGCAAAUGGAAAAGGUUCAACAUUGGCUUCGAGUAUAUGGAGCGAGAAGUCGCAGGCAGAGAAAGAUUCGUACAAAGUACAGAAUCAACCCGUGAACAGUGUGACUACACCCAACCCGAUCGAUUCUACACCCCAUACUGAUUCCAAUACACCAAGAACAGAACUUCUCAGCAACGUCCGAGCCAAAAACAUGUCUUUGGCAAGCGCUCGAGCAGCUGUGAAUAAUUUCAUGCUCAAGUGGCAAGGCGAGGCCAACAAUAUGGCUGCGACAUAUGAGGGCGACUUCGCCAUAAUAGGUGUAUCAAAUUACUUAGGUGAUGAUUCGUACCAGGUUGUCCGAGCCACACCGCGCGCUCUGAAGUGGGUUGAGCACGACAGGAUAUGUCACCCAAAGAAUCAUAUUGCCGCACAAUUACAGGCAUUUGUCACCGGGACCCAGGCUGGGCUACUCAAUUUGAGUAAAACCAAACUUGAUGACAGAGGAAGGUGUCGAGAAGCCCUGUCCAAACUGAUCAGCAUAAAGACAAAAGACAAGAUCAAGAAGUGGACUUGGAAAGGUUGUAAGGAAAAGCUAGCCGAGGACGGCUACUAUGUGCAAUUCGCCUCGGAUUCAAAGUCUUGCACCAGCUAUAUCAUGCAAGAUAGCAAUCAACUGACACCAACACAAGCGCGUGAUGUCUUGGAUGAUAUUUUGCACAACAAAAUACUAAUCCUGGAAACCGAAGCGGUCCCGACUCGAAAGGCCAAACGCAGACGUCAGUGUGGGUCUGAUAAUCCUCCCGCUACACCUCUGGAAGACCCUUCCACUCCCACAAACAACACCACACCUAUCAACAUUAACACACCUCCUAUUGCAACACACUCAGCAAGUGAUAACACACCCGCCGAGGAUGCGUAA